ACUCGCUCCACCGAGGCGGCAGGAAUGGGAGGGAUUGUGUUGCGUCCUUGUUCGCCUCGGUUUACUCCGUAGAAACACGAUAUCAGCGUCAGGCAAGCCGAGAUUCAGCAGAAAUAUAAGACAGAUAUAAUUAUUACCUGUAGUCCACCUCUUCCAAACUUACUCAGCCUUGGACCUCCACGUGGUAAUGUGCAGCGACUAUAUUAUGCCAAUGUCUCUCUCACAAGAAGUGAUAGUUGCCCUUGUAGGCCUCAUAAUCGCCCUCCCAUCAACAUGCAUUGCCUUCCGGUAUUGCCUCCGACGGUCUCGAGAACGCUCAACUAACCACGUCCACGACCUCGAAGUUCAAAUACGCGAUUUCCCACUGCCAUGCAUGACUCGGACUUUGUCAGCGCCUACCCUGACAUUCCAGGCGUCCUGGCCUUCACCUAAGAGGCCUGAGCCGGUCCAUCUAGCCCCCUCGAGGACCGUUUCACUUCAGUCCGAGGAGAUGGAGAACUUCAAAACCCCCGAGCUGCCUCAAGGGACAACCCUAAUCAACAGCAUGACGGAGGCCACCCUUAAUACUACACAGGGCAAGACUCACCAGGUCGAGGGGGGAGUGAAGCUGUCGAGGACGGGGGGUAGUAAGGCCUGUACCUCUUUGAAUGUUGAGAUGCACAGGAAUAGCAGGCUUUGAGCCAGAAUUCUCCUGACGAAGUAGGGGGUAAAUGGACAAACGGCCAGUCCACACAACCCCCAAGUAGGAUGGUGGGUGUUAAAAUACAAGCAUGUUAAAGGAUAUGGACCUGGCUUUGUAGUUUUCUCUUGUCGCGAUAGCUGUUGCUAAUAGAUGAAUGUUCUGCCUUCGAACCAUGGAGCUCCUGGAGGCAACAGG